AAAGAGAGAGAGAGAGAUAGACUGUACAUUUUAGGGUUCCCUUUCGAUCGCCAUAUAUACGCCCCGCUCUCUCCCUUCUCUUCCGCCUGCGAUCGCUCCUCUCCUCUCUCCCCCUUGCGGAAGUGAUCGGAUGGCGUUGCCGAAUCAGCAAACCGUCGAUUACCCGAGCUUCAAGCUCGUUCUCGUCGGCGAUGGAGGGACUGGAAAAACUACGUUUGUGAAGAGGCACCUUACUGGUGAAUUCGAGAAGAAGUAUGAGCCUACUAUUGGUGUUGAGGUCCAUCCUUUGGAUUUCUUCACAAACUGUGGGAAGAUCCGGUUCUAUUGCUGGGAUACGGCUGGUCAAGAGAAAUUUGGUGGUCUUCGGGAUGGAUACUAUAUACAUGGUCAAUGUGCGAUUAUCAUGUUCGAUGUCACUGCCAGGUUGACUUACAAAAAUGUUCCAACAUGGCACCGGGAUCUUUGCAGGGUUUGUGAGAAUAUUCCGAUUGUCCUUUGUGGUAACAAGGUCGAUGUGAAGAACAGGCAGGUCAAAGCUAAGCAAGUUACAUUCCACAGGAAGAAGAACCUCCAAUACUAUGAGAUUUCUGCAAAGAGCAAUUACAACUUUGAGAAGCCUUUCCUUUACCUCGCUAGAAAACUUGCAGGGGACCCAAAUCUUCACUUUGUUGAAUCACCGGCUCUUGCACCUCCUGAAGUCCAGAUUGACCUGGCUGCACAGCAACAGCAUGAAGCUGAACUGGCUGCAGCUGCUGCCCAACCUCUUCCUGACGACGACGAUGAUGUAUUUGAUUAGAACUUUCUACUCAAGUCUAUGUGCAGUGCAGCUAAUGGAAUCUGUCGAUGGGUCUUUCGCUGGAAUUGAUGCUUUUAUCUACUUAGCGGGUUAGUUGCAUCAUUUUUCUCUGUUGAUGUUGAUAAGAAAAUAUCGGGAGUUGUUCUGUAAGGCUGGAUCUGCAUUGGGUUUUUUUGGGGCGGUGGUGAUGGUGUUGUUCUGUGUUGCUGCGAGCAACCUGUUUCCUUUGCUUUCGUUUGGAGUACGUGUGCCAUCUGAAUCAAGUUUCUUCAAUAACCCCAUGAUGCUAUUGCUUAUCACUUC